AUGCCGUUGUUGAUUGUGUCGGGAAUGCCGAGUUUGGCUAAGAAAGAACUCUUUUUGGGACUGGUGGAGACUUUUAGUCGAGAGUAUUCGCUGGUGGUGGUUGGCCAGGAAAGGAUUGGAGUGGAUUCGCGGGAAGAAGUAAGUGUUCUUAAGGCGGCUGUUCAGAAUAAACUAUCUAUGGAUGUGCUAGUUGCGGUUUAUGCGCCUUUGCACAUGAAGAGUUUGCGGUAUGAAUUGGCUAGUUUAGCUCGGAAUUGUUCCAUGGAUAUGGCCCAUGUCUAUUAUAGAGGUGAAUUUGGUGAAGGAGGUGAGCUUAAGGAGUUGGAAGUACAGCAGGCUUGUUUGCAAGGUAGUGCUGGUCUUGGGUUAGGCUGGGAGUUUAUUCGAGUGGAUCCUAAUGGAGAGAAAGAGUCGGUGGUGGUUAUGCAACGGAUUUUUGAAAAACCUCGUGAUGGUGAUCGUUGGGAUAGGCCUUGUUUGACAGUUGGGUUAGUGGAUGAACGAAUGAAGGCUGUAGUGGCUGAGGAGGUGGCUAGUGUGAUUAAGAAAACAAAGAAGAAGCGAGUCUCGGCGACUAAACUUAUUCCGCAAUUGGAUGAUGCUAAGUACCUAACUAAGGUUAAAGAAGUAAUUAACCAGGUAAUGGAUGAAUGGAAACAGAAAGAAGUUGUUCCCUUAGGCGUAUCUCGGCAGGCAGAACGGGACUUUCUUGCUUCAAUUAAGAUGAACCCGCCACAACUCCCAGAAGUCAAUCGGAUCUUUAGAGAGUACCUUGAGAAGUAUUUGCACAACUAA